AUGAGUCUCGACAAGAAGAACAACUACACUUCUGAGGAAGAUGCUGGUGAAUCCAUUCAAGGUGAUGUCACUUCGUUGAACACCUCGCAAUCAAAAUGGGAAAAGUUUUUGGACUAUAUUGCUGUGCAAGAGAAAGGUGAUUUGACCACAGUGCAAAUGUUCCUUUAUAACCAUGAUUUAAGACCUGUGGAGGAAGCAAGAAGAGCAUGGUCGUGGUAUAACUACGUCUUCUUUUGGGUUGCCGACUCUUUCAACGUUAAUACUUGGCAAAUUGCUGCAACUGGUGUUCAAAAUGGUAUGACUUGGUGGCAGACUUGGCUCUCCGUUUGGGUGGGUUACAUUUUGUGUGGUAUUUUCGUUACUUUGGGAGCCAGGAUUGGUGUCUUAUACCAUAUUUCAUUCCCUGUUGCCGCCAGAUCCUCUUUCGGAAUAUAUGGAUCCCUUUGGCCCAUUUUGAAUCGUGUUGUGAUGAGUUGUGUGUGGUACUCCGUGCAAGGGUGGAUUGGUGGACAAUGUGUUCAAUUAAUGUUAUUGUCUAUCUUCCACAAUGCUGACAAAAAGUUGGAUACACCAUUACAAGGUGGUGCCGAUGUCUUAACAACAUUUAAGUUCUUAGGUUACUUCUUAUUUUGGUUAUUCUCCUUACCAGCAAUCUGGUUCCAUCCACAUCAAAUCCGUCAUUUAUUCACCUUCAAAGCUUACGUUGUGCCAUUUGCAGGUAUAGGUUUCCUUAUUUGGACUCUUGUCAAGGCAAAGGGUGCUGGACCGGUCAUUCAUGAAAAGUCUUCAAAGCACGGAUCAGAAUUAGGUUGGUUGUUCAUUGAAUCAACGUUAAACUCUUUGGCCAAUUUCGCUACUUUGAUUGUAAAUGCUCCAGAUUUUGCAAGAUUUGCAGACAAACCAUCUUUUGGAAUUAAGUAUUUGGUUCACACUGUUUCAAUCCCACUUUGUUUCAGUAUUACCUCCUUAAUUGGUAUCUUGGUUAGUUCUGCAUCAACUAUCUUAUACGGUGAAACUUUGUGGUCUCCCUUAGAUGUUUUAGGAAAAUUCCUUGAUCAUUACACUCUGGGAAACAGAGCUGGUGUUUUCUUUAUCUCUGCAGCUUUCGCUUUAGCUCAAUUGGGAACAAACAUCUCAGCAAACUCCUUAUCAUUUGGUACUGAUUGUACUGCUAUGUUACCAAGGUUCAUCAACAUUAGAAGAGGUGGUUACCUUUGUGCAGCUUUGGCUUUAUGUAUCUGUCCAUGGAACUUGAUGACUUCUUCGAGUAUGUUCACUACGUACUUGUCUGCAUAUUCUGUGUUCUUGUCUUCAAUUGCCGGUGUUGUUGCUUGCGAUUACUUCUAUAUCAGAAGAGGUUACAUUAAGUUAACCCAUUUGUAUUCCUUACAUGCCCCUGAACAACCAUCUGCUCCUUCCUUCUACAAAUUUGGACCUAUUGGUGUUAACUGGAGAGCAUACGUUGCUUACAUCUGUGGAAUUUUACCAAAUAUCGUUGGUUUCGUUGGUGCAACUGAAACCCACACUGUUCCAAUUGGUGCCACUGAAGUUUACAGAUUGAGUUUCAUCAUGGGAUUCUUUUCUGCAUUCCUUAUUUAUGCUUUAUUGAACUACUUCUCACCUGUUGCAGGUAUUCCACCAGUCAAACCAUUUGAAAAGGGCUGGUUCGAAGAAUGGCAAGAUGUCGAAGACUUCGAAGAAGAAAUACAAGGUCAUGUCAUGCCGCAAACAUCUGCUCUUGAGAAGACCCUCAGUUACGAAGGAGGAAGACAUAAGAAGACUGCUUCUGAAUUUUAA